GCGGUCGGGUGUAGAUGAUGGGAAUGGGUGAUGCGGGGUCGAUCGGAUCGGACUGUCAGACUUCUCCGAUGAGAUCUGUUAAGGAUCCUGCGCUAUGUCUCGGAGACAUCUGCCUGGUGAAUCUACGUGCCCGGCCCCGGCCGCCAGCCUGCAGGGCCCCCUCGCCUCAGCUAAGACCCUGUGACCACGGUCCCGCUGUUGCAAGCCUUUACCCGGUCCACACCCACCCCCACCCCAGACCCCCGCCCCACCCACACACACAACACACACAACAGACACACACACACUAGGACCCAACCACACACACACACACACACAGAAAACACACACACCACCACACAGAAACACACACACACACCACACACACACACAGGACACACACACAAGACACAACACAGACACCACCAGACACACAACACACACACCACAGACACAACACACACACACAGAACCACAACACACACAAGACACACACCACACACACACAGACACACCCAGAACCACAACACACACCACACAAAAGACACACACUACACACACACACAAAGCACACACGCACACACACACACACACACACACACAGACCACACACACACACACACACACACACCAGAACACACAGACACACACACACACACACAAACACACACACAGACACACACAACACAAAGACACCCAACACCACACACACCACACAACAGACAAAAGACAACAGACACCACACACAGACACACACACACCAAACACACACACACACACAACACACACACACACAAACAAGGAUACACAGGACCAACACACACACACACACCACACACAAACACAACAACACACAAACACACACACAACACAGACACACACACACACACACACACACCACACACAAAAACACAACACCACACACCAAACACACACUGUGAUGAAUCAUUUUCUUUAAUUCCUGACCCCCCCCCCCAGGGCAAUGACCGGCGCAUUCGGCCAGGUGCGAGCAUCUAUCCAUCAGUGCAGUCCCUCAGACUGUAGCGCGGCUGAAUUGGCUGUCGGGUUCUACCAUCGACCGGCUGCUUGGGAUGUCGUCCCUGUGCGUCUGGACUUCGGGUGUCGCCUACCUCCACUGAGUGGUCCCGUCUCCUCUCCUCCCUCUCUCUCCUCCAGUCUCUUGCUUUUGACGUGGCGCCGGGCUUUGAUUCCGCCCAGCUGAGUGGGGAGGCCCGUGAUUCGCUGUCCCGGCUGUCAGAGCUGAGACAGACGGUCUUGACGCCCAGUUACGGCGUUGUCCCCUGCUGCUCCAGCCUCUUCAGUCUACGGCUGCAGCUGGACAUACCUGACGUCACCAGGUGAGACACAACAGACGGACAACAUCUCAACUAAAACCUUGGUUUGACUGUGUCUGUGUGUGUGUGUGUGUGUGUGUGUGUGUGUGUGUGGUGUGUGUGGUGGGUGUGUGUGUGUGGUGGUGUGGGUGUGUGUGUGUGGUGUGGGGGUGUGUGUGUGUGUGGUGGUGUGUGUGUUGUGGGUGCUGUGUUGUGUAGGGAAGGUUCCAGUGUGUGUUGCCAGCUGAUGAUUGGCCAGAGCAGCGUUCCUCACUACCAACAGCUGGAGGAGUUUACAGCCCGCCUGGCGCCUGGAGAGGUAUGGCCAGGGUGGUUAUAAUGGUCAGGGUGGUUAUAACGGUCAGGGUGGUUAUAAUGGUCAGGGUGGUUAUAAUGGUCAGGGGGGUUAUAAUGGCCAGGGUGGUUAUAAUGGUCAGGGGGGGGUUAUAACGGUCAGGGUGGUUGGUUAUAAUGGCCAGGGUGGUUAUAAUGGGCAGGGUGGUUAUAAUGGUCAGGGUGGUUAUAAUGGUCAGGGUGGUUAUAAUGGUCAGGGUGGUUAUAAUGGCAGGGUGGUUAUAAUGGUCAGGGUGGGUGGUUAUAAUGGUCAGGGUGGUUAUAACGGUCAGGGUGGUUAUAAUGGUCAGGGUGGUUAUAAUGGUCAGGGUGGUUAUAAUGGCCAGGGUGGUUAUAAUGGUCAGGGUGGUUAUAAUGGUCAGGGGGGUUAUAAUGGUCAGGGUUGGUUAGUAAUGUCCGGGUGGUUAUAAUGGCCAGGGUGGCUUUUAUAAUGGCCCAUGGUGGUGGUUCAUAAAGGCCGGGGGGUUAUAAUGGUUCAGGGUGGUGAUAAUGGUCAGGGGGGGGGGUUAUAAUGGUCAGGGUGGGUGGUUCUUAAUGGUCAGGGUGGUUAUAAUGGUCGGGGGGGGUGGUUAUAAUGUCAGGGUGGUUUAUAAUGGUCGGGUGGUUGGUUGGUUAUAAUGGUCAGGGUGGUUGGUUAUAAUGGUCAGGGUGGUUAUAAUGGUCAGGGUGGUUAUAAUGGUCAGGGUGGUUAUAAUGGCCAGGGUGGUUAUAAUGGCAGGGUGGUUAUAAUGGUCAGGGUGGUUAUAAUGGUCAGGGUGGUUAUAAUGGUCAGGGUGGUUGGUUAUAAUGGUCAGGGUGGGUGGUUAUAAUGGUCAGGGGGGUUAUAAUGGUUCAGGGUGGGUGAUAAUGAUAAAGGGUGGUGAUUAAUGGUCGGGUGGUUGGCCUAUAAUGGUCAGGGGGGUUAUAAUGGUCAGGUGCUUAUCAUGGUAAGGGGGUGAUAAUGGUCAGGGUGGUUUAUUGGUCAGGGUGGUUUUAUAAUGGCAAGGUGGGUUAUAAUGGUCAGGGUGGUUAUAAAUGGGUAAGGGUGGUUGGUUUAUAAUGGUCAGGGUGGGUGGUUAUCAAUGGUCAGGGGGUUAUUAAGCCAGGGUGGUUUAGAAUGGUCAGGGUGGUUAUAAAUGGGUCAGGGUGGUUAUAAUGGUCAGGGUGGUUAUAAUGGUCGGGGGUGGUUUGGUGUUAUAAUGGGCCAGGGUGGUAUAUGGUCAGGGUGGUGUAUAAUGUAGGGGGUUUAAUGGUUCAGGGUGGUUAAUGGUAAGGGGGUGGUAUAAUGUCAGGGUGGUUAUAAUGGUCCGGGUGGUUCUAAUGGUCAGGGUGGUUUUUAUAAUGGUCCAGGGUGGUUGGUUUAAGGUCAGGUGGUUGGUUAUAAUGGUCAGGGUGGUGGUUAUAUAUGGUAGGGUGGUUGGUUCAUAAUGGUCAGGGUGGUGGUUUAUAAAUGGUCAGGUGGUUGGUUUUUAGAAUGUCAGGGUGCGUUGGUAUAAUGUCAGGGUGGUUGGUUAUAAUGGUCAGGGUGGUUGGUUAUAAUGGUCAGGGUGGUUGGUUAAAAUGGUCAGGGUGGUUGGUUAUAAUGGUCAGGGUGGUUAUAAUGGUCAGGGAGGUUGGUUAUAAUGGUCAGGGUGGGUGGUUAUAAUGGUCAGGGUGGUUGGUUAUAAUGGUCAGGGUGGUUGGUUUAUAAUGGUCAGGUGGUUGUUAUAAUGGUCAGGGUGGUGGUUUAUAAUGGUAGGGGGUUGGUUAUAAUGGGCAGGGGGGUUGGUUUAUUACUGGUAGGGUGGUGGUUAUAUGGUCAGGUGGGUGGUUAUAUGGUCAGGGUGGUUAUCAUGGUCAGGGUGGGUGGUUAUAAUGUCAGGGGGUUAUAAUGGUCAGGGGGUUAUAUGGUAGGGUGGUGGUUAUAAUGGUCAGGGUGGGUGGUUUAAUGGUCAGGGUGGUGAUAUAUUGUCAGAGUGUGGUUAUAAUGGUGGUGGUUAUAAUGGUCAGGGUGCGGUGGUGAUAAUGGUCAGGGUGGGUGGUUUAUAAUGGUCAGGGUGGUUUGGUUGAUAAUGGUCAGGGUGGGUUAUAAUGGUGCAGGGUGGGGUUUAUAAUGGUCAGGGGGGGUUAUAAUGGUCAGGUUGUUAUAAUGGUUCAGGGUGGGUGGUUAUAAUGUCCAGAGUGUGGUUAUAAUGGUCAGGUGGUAUAAAUGGUCAGGGGGGUGGUUUAUCAUGGUCAGGGGGGGGGUGGUUAAAUGGUUCAGGGGGGUUAUAAUGGUCAGGUUGGUUAUAAUGGUCAGGGUGGUUAUAAUGGUCAGGGUGGUUAUAAUGGUCAGGGUGGUGGUUAUAAUGGUCAGGGUGGGUUAUAAUGGUCAGGUGGGUUAUAAUGGUCAGGGUGGUUAUAAUGGUCAGGGUGGUUAUAAUGGUCAGGGUGGUUGGUUAUAAUGGUCAGGGUGGGUUAUAAUGGUCAGGGUGGUUGGUUAUAAUGGUCAGGGUGGUUGGUUAUAAUGGUCAGGGUGGUUAUAAUGGUCAGGUGGUUAUAAUGGUCAGGGUGGUUAUAAUGGUCAGGGUGGUUAUAAUGGUCAGGUGGUUAUAAUGGGUUAGGGCUGUUAUAAUGGUGUGUGUGUGUGGGUGUGUGUGUGUGUGUGUGUAUAUAAUGUGUGUGUGUGUGUGUGUGUGUUUAGGUGAACCAGACUCUGCUCCUCCUCUACCUGGCUGUGUUCAGUGUUCGUGUUCCGGAGCGUCUCCGCUGCUUCCUGGUUUCAGUUCCUGGUCCAAACCCCGCCCACUGGCCUGCUGCGUCCUCAUUGGCCCAUAGCCUCGGUCAGCAUGGCGACCUGGAAGCCCUGCAGUUGCCUCGCUCCUGGUUGGACGCCACAUCGCUAGGGCGGGUCCUUCUUAGCAACGCUCCCAAGCACCUCAACUUCUCCCGUUGCCCCACGUUACGACAAACUGUCAUCCAAUCGCUGACUGGCGCCGGAGUGAGAGACUCAACGAGAUUGGUCAGCCUGAAUCUCAGUGGUAUAGGCCACACCUCCAAUUAUCCAGAGUGCAGUAGAGCGCGGGGAGAGGAGGAGCUUGUUGCCGAGGCGAUGAGCCGGCUGGUUAUUGGCUGUCCCAAUCUGUCACACCUCAACCUGUUACACACGCACUAUCACCAUGACAACACACACACACCUGGGCUGGAGGACAACGCACACCUGUGUACCAGCCUCGCCAAACUCACGCACCUCCGCUCGCUGGCGCUGCCCGCCUGCGCCCUGUCGGACGGUUCGCACGCGCCCUCCCCUCCCCCCGCCCCCUCCCCCUCCUCGCUGCUGCUGGGGCUGAGGAAGCCGUCCCGUGUGGGGCUCCGGACCUACAGGCCAGGCUCUGAGGACUCUCUCCCCAGGGAGGGCGCCUCUUCCGGGCUGGGUACCCUGCUGGCUGGCUGCCCCUCUCUGGAGGUUCUGGAGUUGACAGGACCGGGCUUCGUCUCCGCCCUGCCGCGUCUCGAGCCCUGCGCCAGGGUGUGCGUGGAUCAGAGGGCGUGCGUGUGCGCGCGCGGGGUCGGGGACUCGCACGUUGCCGCGCUCCGGGGGUUCCGGGGGCUGCGGAGGCUGACGCUGGCGGGGCUGGCGGGGAUCCUGAAGGGGACCGGGCUGGUGCAGGUCUCUGAGCACUGCCGGGACCUGCAGGCUUUAUCACUGGCCAACCUGGGGUCCUUGAAGACCUGGAACUACAGCGCCGCCCUGCUGGAGACACUGAGGAACUGCACACAGCUCACAGAGCUACGGUGAGGAGACAACGGAUGAAGAUCUGGUUUGGAGGGGAAACGUUGGCAAUAAAAAAGCGGUGAUCAUCAACAGGCUGUUGUUUUAUUAGUCCGGUGCACAACCGAGCAAGAGGACAAAUACAUUAGAGUGUCUAGUUUGAGAAACAGGCACCUCACAGGUCCUCAACUGGCAGCUUCAUUCAAUAGUACCCGCAAAACACCAGUCUCAACGUCAACAGUGAAGAGGCGACUCCGGGAUGCUGACCUUCUAGGCAGAGUUGCAAAGAAAAAGCCAUAUUUCAGACUGGCCAAUAAAAAUAAAAGAUUAAGAUGGGCAGUCUGAGAUUUGGCUUUUCCUUUGCAACUCUGCCUAGAAGGUCAGCAUCCCGGAGUCGCCUCUUCACUGUUGACGUUGAGACUGGUGUUUUGCGGGUACUAUUUAAUGAAGCUGCCAGUUGAGGACCUGUGAGGCGCCUGUUUCUCAAACUAGACUCUAAUGUAUUUGUCCUCUUGCUCAGUUGUGCACCGGGGCCUCCCACUCCUCUUUCUAUUCUGGUUAGAGACAGUUUGCGCUGUUCUGUGAAGGGAGUAGUACACAGCGUUGUACGAGAUCUUCAGUUUCUUGGUAAUUUCUCACAUGGAAUAGCCUUCAUUUCUCAGAACAAGAAUAGACUGACGAGUUUCAGAAGAAAGUGAUUUGUUUCUGGCCAUUUUGAUUCUGUAAUCGAACCCACAAUUGCUGAUGCUCCAGAUACUCAACUAGUCUCAAGAAGGCCAGUUUUAUUGCUUCUUUAAUCAGCACAACAGUUUUCAGCUGUGCUAACAUAAUUGCAAAAAGGUUUUCUAAUGAUCAAUUAGCCUUUUAAAAUGAUAAACUUGGAUUAGCAAACACAACGUGCCAUUGGAACACAGGACUGAUGGUUGCUGAUAAUGGGCCUCUGUACGCCUAUGUAGAUAUUCCAUUAAAAAUCAGCCGUUUCCAGCUACAGUAGCCAUUUACAACAUUAACAAUGUCUACACUGUAUUUCUGAUCAAUUUGAUGUUAUUUUAAUGGACAAUUGUUUUUAUUUUCUUUCGAAAACAAGGACAUUUGAAUGGUAGUGUGUGUGUGUGUGUGUAUAUAUAUGUAUGUAUGUAUGUAUGUAUGUAUAUAUAUACAGUUGAAGUCGGAAGUUUACAUACACUUAGGUUGGAGUCAUUAAAACUUUUUUUUCAACCACUCCACACAUUUCUUGUUAACAAACUAUAGUUUUGGCAGGUCGGUUAGGACAUCUACUUUGUGCAAUUUUUCCAGCAAUUGUUUAAAGACAGAUUAUUUCACUUAUAAUUCACUGUAUCACAAUUCCAGUGGGUCAGAAGUUUACAUACACUAAGUUGACUGUGCCUUUUAAACAGCUUGGAAAAUUCCAGGAAAUGAUGUCAAGGUUUUAGAAGCUUUGAGUCAAUUGGAGGUGUACCUGUGGAUGUAUUUCAAGCCCUACCUUCAAACUCAGUGCCUCUUUGCUUGACAUCAUGGAAAAAUCUAAAGAAAUCAGCCAAGACCUCAGGAAAAAAAAUGGGAGACCUCCACAAGUCUGGUUCAUCCUUGGGAGCAAUUUCCAAACGCCUGAAGGUACCACGUUCAUCUGUACAAACAAUAGUACGCAAGUAUAAACACCAUGGGACCACGCAGCCGUCAUACCGCUCAGGAAGGAGACGCAUUCUGUCUCCUGGAGAUGAACGUACUUUGGUGCGAAAAGUGCAAAUCUAUCCCAGAACCACAGCAAAGGACCUUGUGAAGAUGCUGGAGGAAACCGGUACAAAAGUAUCUAUAUCCACAGUAAAACGAGUCCUAUGUCGACAUAACAUGAAAGGCAGCUCAGCUCUGUCAGGAGGAAUGGGCCAAAAUUCACCAAACUUAUUGUGGGAAGCUUGUGGAAGGCUACCCGAAACGUUUGACCCAAGUUAAACAAUUUAAAGGCAAUGCUACCGAAUACUAAUUGAGUGUAUGUAAACUUCUGACCCACUGGGAAUGUGAUGAAAGAAAUAAAAGCUGAAAUAAAAUAAUUCUCUCUAUUAUUAUUCUGACAUUUCAAAUUCUUAAAAGAAAGUGGUGAUCCUAACUGACCCUAAGACAGGGAAUUUUUACUAGGAUUAAAUGUCAGGAAUUGUGAAAAACUGAGUUUAAAUGUAGGUAUCAACUGUAUAAUGUGUGUGUGUGUGUGUGUGUGUGUGUCUGUGUGUGUGUGUGUGUGUCUGUGUGUGUCUGUGUGUGUGUCUGUGUGUGUCUGUGUGUGUGUGUGUGUGUGUCUGUGUGUGUGUGUCUGUGUGUGUGUGUCUGUGUCUGUGUCUGUGUGUGUCUGUCUGUGUCUGUGUCUGUGUCUGUGUCUGUGUGUGUGUGUGUGUGUCUAGGUUGGAGCAGCCCUACCUGGUGUGUAGCGGUGCAUUCUGGGAGGCGUUGUCAUGCUGUUCUCGUCUCCGCCGUCUCUGUCUCGUCUCUCGGAACGGAACCUUCCACCCCGCUGCCGUGGUGACCUUCAUGGAGCGUUGCCGUGACGUCAUGGUGUGUCACAUGUUCUUGGGCGGAACUCUGGUGGCGUGCCGCACACUGCAGAAAACACUGUUAGACCGGUGAGUCUGUCUCUGUCUGUCGGACCGGUGAGUCUGUCUCUGUCUGUCGGACCCGUGAGUCUGUCUCUGUCUGUCGGACCGGUGAGUCUGUCUCUGUCUGUCGGACCGGUGAGUCUGUCUGUCUGUCGGACCGGUGAGUCUGUCUCUGUCUGUCGGAUCGGUGAGUCUGUCUCUGUCUGUCGGACCGGUGAGUCUGUCUGUCUGUCGGACCGGUGAGUCUGUCUCUGUCUGAUCGGUGAGUCUGUCUGUCUGUCGGACCGGUGAGUCUGUCUCUGUCGGAUCGGUGAGUCUGUCUCUGUGUGUCGGACCGGUGAGUCUGUCUCUGUCUGAUUGGUGAGUCUGUCUCUGUCUGAUCGGUGAGUCUGUCUGUCUGAUCGGUGAGUCUGUCUCUGUCUGAUCGGUGAGUCUGUUUAUCUGAUCGAUGAGUCUGUCUCUGUCUGAUCGGUGAGUGUCUGUCUGAUCGGUGAGUCUGUCUCUGUCUGAUCGGUGAGUCUGUCUGUCUGAUCGGUGAGUCUGUCUCUGUCUGAUCGGUGAGUCUGUCUGUCUGAUCGGUGAGUCUGUCUCUGUCUGAUCGGUGAGUCUGUCUCUGUCUGAUCGGUGAGUCUGUCUCUGUCUGAUCGGUGAGUCUGUCUCUGUCUGAUCGGUGGGUCUGUCGGAUCGGUGGGUCUGUCUCUGUCGGAUCGGUGAGUCUGUCUGUCUGUCGGACCGGUGAGUCUGUCUGUCUGUCGGACCGGUGAGUCUGUCUCAGUCUGAUCGGUGAGUCUGUCUCUGUCGGACCGGUGAGUCUGUCUCUGUCUGUCGGAUCGGUGAGUCUGUCUCUGUGUGUCGGAUCGGUGAGUCUGUCUCUGUGUGUCGGACCGGUGAGUCUGUCUCUCUGUCUGUCGGAUCGGUGGGUCUGUCUGAUCGGUGAGUCUGUUUGUCUCUGUCGGAUCAAUGGGUCUGUCUGUCGGAUCGGUGGGUCUGUCUGAUCGGUGAGUCUGUCUCUGUCGGAUCGGUGAGUCUGUCUGUCUGUCGGACCGGUGAGUCUGUCUGUCUGUCGGACCGGUGAGUCUGUCUCUGUCUGAUCGGUGAGUCUGUCUGUCUGUCGGACCGGUGAGUCUGUCUCUGUCGGACCGGUGAGUCUGUCUCUGUCUGUCGGAUCGGUGAGUCUGUCUCUGUGUGUCGGAUCGGUGAGUCUGUCUCUGUGUGUCGGACCGGUGAGUCUGUCUCUGUCUGUCGGACCGGUGAGUCUGUCUCUCUGUCUGUCGGAUCGGUGGGUCUGUCUGAUCGGUGAGUCUGUCUCUCUGUCUGUCGGAUCGUGAGUCUGUUUGUCUCUGUCGGAUCAAUGGGUCUGUCUGUCGGAUCGGUGGGUCUGUCUGAUCGGUGAGUCUGUCUCUGUCUGAUCGGUGAGUCUGUCUCUCUGUCUGUCGGAUCGGUGAGUCUGUCGGUCAAGUUAUAAUGAUAUUUCUAUAUAAUGAAACCCUGCCCUUCCUCUAGUUUCUCUGUGGAGCGUCCAGCCCUCAGUGUGGUCAUCUACCCACUGCUCCAUGAAGACCUUCCAUUGGUCAUCAGAGACAUGCCCCUCCCACUGCUCGAUCAACUGACCCUCUUCCAGAGCCGCGUUGCCCAGGCCCCGCCCUCAUCACAAUGGCGACGCCAGAGUGUGAAGAGGCAACGAGCCAAUCAAAGCCCCUCAGACCUCAUCACCAUGGUGAUGCCAGAGGGUGAAGAGGCAUCUAGCCAAUCAGAGCACCUAAGACCUCAUCACCAUGGUGACGCCAGAGAGUGAAGAGGCAUCUGGCCAAUCAGAGCCCCUCAGACUAGAGGUCUUCACGGGUCCAAAAAGUUAGACCCGUUCCGAAAUGGACCUGGGGCUUUCCCACCCGGACCCAAAAUGCAUAAAUUAUUUUGUUUAAGAUAGAGACCCGAUCCGAACGGACCCGAGGACAACUAGACCCGUUCCAUAUAGACCUGGUCGGAUCCAGACCUGAUCCAAGAGCGAGAAGAAGCAGAAAAAUUAUUUUUUAAGCUCCUUUUAUUAAAUCAGAGCUGAUAAAGUGUGAGAGCAGGGAGAGAGAGGGAGAGAGAGGGAGAGAGAGGUGGGGAGGAGCUGUACUGGGAGCUAGUGACACAGUGAGGGAGAGAGAGGUGUCUCUAACAGGUGGGGAGGAGCUGUACUGGGAGCUAGUGACACAGGGAGCAGGGAGGGAGAGAGAGGUGUCUCUAACAGGUGGGGAGGAGCUGUACUGGGAGCUAGUGACACAGGGAGGGAGAGAGAGGUGUCUCUAACAGGUGGGGAGGAGCUGUACUGGGAGCUAGUGACACAGGGAGCAGGGAGGGAGAGAGAGGUGUCUCUAACAGGUGGGGAGGAGCUGUACUGGGAGCUAGUGACACAGGGAGGGAGAGAGAGGUGUCUCUAACAGGUGGGGAGGAGCUGUACUGGGAGCUAGUGACACAGGGAGGGAGAGAGAGGUGUCUCUAACAGGUGGGGAGGAGAGCUGUACUGGGAGCUAGUGACACAGGGGCAGGGAGGGAGGAGAGGUGUCUCUAAUAGGUGGGGAGGAGCUGUACUGGGAGCUAGUGACACAGGGGAGGGAGAGAGAGGGUGUCUCUAACAGGUGGGGAGGAGCUGUUACUGGGAGCUAGUGACACAGGGAGCAGGGAGGGGAGAGGUGGUCUCUAACAGGUGGGGAGGAGCUGUACUGGGAGCUAGUGACACAGGGAGGGAGAGAGAGGUGUCUCUAACAGGUGGGGAGGAGCUGUACUGGGAGCUAGUGACACAGGGAGCAGGGAGGGAGAGGUGUCUCUAACAGGUGGGGAGGAGCUGUACUGGGAGCUAGUGACACAGGGAGGGAGAGAGAGGUGUCUCUAACAGGUGGGGAGGAGCUUUUACUGGGAGCUAGUGACACAGGGGAGCAGGGAGGGAGAGAGAGGUGUCUCUAACAGGUGGGGAGGAGCUGUACUGGGAGCUAGUGACACAGGGAGGGAGAGAGACGGUGUCUCUAACGGUGGGGAGGAGCUGUACUGGGAGCUAGUGACACAGGGAGAGGAGGGAGAGGUUAAAUGAGGGGCAGUAACAGCAACACAGGCGAGGGACAUAGAGGUGACCUAACAGCUGCCGUGAAGGUAUUAGCAUCACUAGAAGCUAGUACCUGCAGCAGCUAGGUAAGAGGCGAGAGACAGUAACCAACCAAGCCGACUCACCAUAUGGACUUACAGGCUGCAAUUAGGGUUAUUCCUUCUCAAGGUAUGAUUACCUAGUACGUCAGUCCAGUAGGACUAAUUUAGGCUCACCCCAUAGCCCGUGGAUAAUUACCAUUUAAAUUUUUUUUUAGCAGGACGCUUUAUCCAGCCAGGACCCUUACAGGGGGUUCAAUUGGAGGUGGUUAAACCAGCUCCAAGGCUAAUUGAGUCUUCACGACGUCUUAUCCAAAAGCGACUCCAAAUUGGUCAUGUCUGACUUCAAACCCUAGCCAGUUGGGCUCCACUGUCUUUGUUUUGGGGGGGUAGGGGCUAAGAGGCUUCACCUGUCUUGAUGCCUAUCCCAGGUAUCCUACAGAUGGGUUUCAAAUGUCUGAACUGGUAUCAAACCAGCUAGCCAGGCUAAUUGAGGCUUCACCCGUCUUGACUGCGUCAAACCAGCUAGCCAGGCUAAUUGAGGCUCCACCUGUCUUGACUGCAUCAAACCAGCUAGCCAGGCUAAUGAGGCUCCACCUGUCUUGACUGCGUCAAACCAGCUAGCCAGGCUAAAUGAGGCUUCACCUGUCUUGACUGCAUCAAACCAAACUAGCAGGGGUAAUGAGUCUCCACCGUCUUGACUGCAUCAAACCAGCUAGCCAGGCUAAUUGAGGCUUCCACCCGUCUUGACUGUAUCAAACCAGCUAGCUAGGCUAAUUGAGGCUCCACCCGUCUUGACUGCAUCAAACCAGCUAGCUAGGCUGAUUGAGGCUCCACCCGUCUUGACUGCGUCAAAACCAGCUAGCCAGGCUAAAUUUAGCUGCACCUGCAUUGACUCAUAAACUACAGUAGGCUAAUUAAGAACCGUCUACUUUUACAAACAAGGAGCUAGGCUCUUGACUUCACCCCGCCUUUGAUGACAUCUGACUUGGCAACAUAGGCCCACGCCUCUGGCUGACAAACCAGCAGCUAAGCUGAUUAGGCUUCUACCCAGUCUUGAUCUGUAACCCUUCUAGGGCCCUGUCAAGAUGAAAUUCUCACUACAGGGGGGGGGGGGGGGGGGGAGGGGUUCCCCGAGCCCGUGACAAUCAUAUCAGAUCCUACCCAGACCCGUGACAAUCAUAUCAGAUCAUACCCAAGACCCGUGACAAUCAUAUCAGAUCCUACCCAGACCCGUGACAAUCAUAUCAGAUCCUACCCAGACCCGUGACAAUCAUAUCAGAUCCUACCCGUGACAAUCAUAUCAGAUCCUACCCAAGACCCGUGACAAUCAUAUCAGAUCCUACCCAGACCCGUGACAUUAUUUAGAAUUCUGGAUCCGGACCCGCUCGGGUCCCGGAUCGGGUCUCGGGUAUUCGGGUACAGGUGGAUCCGUGAAGACCUCUACCUCAAACCUCAUCACCAUGGUGACGCCAGAGAGUGAAGAGGCGUCUAGCCAAUCCGAGCCCCUCAGACCUCAUUGCCAUGGUGACUCCAGAGAGUGAAGAGGCAUCUAGCCAAUCAGAGCCCCUCAGAUCUCAUCACCAUGGUGACUCCAGAGAGUAUGGAACCUGGUUCUUCUACAGCCCCUCAGACCUCAUCACC